UCAACGUAGGCGAGUCGAUAUUGCCAACGCUAUUGGUGGAUGGUGGAUUCACGUGACGCAUAACCAGUCGAGGUUGGGCGGUUCGCACUGGUUAGUUUUCAACAUCGCCAUCGAGAAUAUCUCUUCGAGUAAACAGUAGUGUAGAGCGAGUACUUUGAAGAUGGUACGAAGUGUUAAUUUUCGAGUCAGGGGUUGUCGAGUAUUUAUUGCAGUAUGCGGUUGAAAUACAAUAAUUUCGCGAUGUUUUGUUGAUUCGAAUUAAGUUUUAAAAGCUUUGUUUCGUCGUCGUUGUUCGUAUCUGCGCGCCGUUUUGUGUAUAGAAUUUGAAAUUCGCGGCUUUUUAAACUGUGCAGAAAGAGGUAAUUGAUUCUCGCGUUGUUGUUUUUAUAUUAUAAAUAGAUACGUGUAAUUUGAAGUUCGUUUCCGGUAUCUCUAUGCGUUUCGAAGGUUUAUAAUAUAUUUGUAAAAAAUGAGUUCGUUUUUGGUUAAUUGCGCUCCUACCUACCAUCAUCACCACGGUUCGCUGAUGCAUAACCAAGGUAUGAUGGUAGAUCCGGCCUUUCCGCCGGCCGAAGAAUACAGUCAGAAUAGCUACAUGCCACCGGAUUUCUUCAACAAUCAUCACCAGCCGCAUCACCAGUACGAUGGAUAUUUCAGACAAACGCCUAAUCUAGAGAAUCCUUAUAUGAAUCAUACGCCACAUACCGUCCCACCGUCACAUAACUCAUCGAUGAAUUACAGCAAUUACGGGCCACCGCCUAAUAAUCCGUAUCAGUUACCUCCACCAUCUCAUCAUAGCUCGCAAGACCUGCACGAGUUGCACGUAGGUCUGCAUAGUAUACCGCCGGAAGCCGCUCAACAACAAACUGCCAUCUUACAGCCAUCGCCUCAAAAUCUGCAGCAAUCUCAGCCGCCUCCGCCGCCGCCACAAUGUACGAUGAAUUUACCGAAUCCGGUCGUACCUCCGUCUGUAUCUCCUUGCCAAAUGAAAAGUCCUCAAGAGAUACAUUCGCAUUCGGUGGAUGGUUCUGCCGAAUCGGAAGCCGACGAUAUGGACGACGAUGAUUAUAGUCAUAGCGGUGACGGAUCUCCUGGUCUCGGCGACAGAACCGACUCGCCGGAAAAGAUUAUUUACCCAUGGAUGAAGAAGGUCCACGUGGCCGGAUAUGGACGAAAUGGCAAUAUCAGAUCACUCUCUCCUGUAAUGGUUGAAGGCAUGUAUCCGGUUGGCGUAGAAAUAAAGCGACAAAGAACGGCCUACACUCGUCCACAAAUCCUAGAGCUUGAAAAAGAAUUCCAUUUUAACAAAUAUCUAACUCGACGGAGAAGGAUAGAAAUCGCUCAUUCGUUAGACCUGUCCGAAAGGCAAAUAAAAAUUUGGUUUCAAAAUAGACGGAUGAAAUUCAAGAAAGAUCACAAAUUACCAAACACGAAAAACGUUCGAAAAAAGAACGGCUCGAAUGGUAACAACAACAGUAAAUCCAGAAGUAAACAAGUCAAUCAAACGCAACAUCAAAACGCCACUUCGGCUUCCCCCGAACAAACUUAUUUACUACCUUUAUAAAAGAAAAAAUUUCAAUACACUUUGAUUAUAAGGUGUAAAAAUUGUGAUUUCGAUUGAUUUUGGAUUUAUUGAGCGAAAAUCAAAACUGAUGGCCUUUGAACUAUAAAGAAAAUUUCAACGUAUAGUUGUAAAGGCCAUCAGCGAAAAACUUCUGCCUAGUCUCGUUAUUUGUAUAAUUUUUAUUUAUUUUUUUUUGUCUCGUGUAAAUUAUGUUUAGCUCUCUUAAUGAGUUGAUAAGUUUUUUCUUCUUCUUUCUUUUUUUUUUUUUUUUAAGUAUUCUUUGUUAUUUUGCAAAAAAACAAAACGAGGAAUAACCUCAAAGCAAAGCGUUUGAUAAAUUUCGCCAUUAUGUUGACUGAUUCGGAUUAUCUUUGGUAUAAGAAGACAGCUUUGGAUUUGUGGACGUUUGCAGGUCGCCUUUGGCUUUUGAGGUAUAUUCCUUGUUUGAUUUUUUUCUUCAUGUGGUUAAUAUUUAAGUAUGUCUGCAGUAUAAGUUUUAUGUACCUGGUUCUUUCUCCUUCUGUUCUUUCACUUUUUCCCAUGUACACAUUAACUUGUGUAGGUAAUAAGUUCUUGUUCAUUUUUACGAAUAUGUUUCACUGUUUUUAAAUUUCAAUGUUUUGGAUUCUGUUCGAAAAAACUGAAUUUUUAUGAUACAAUGUAGCCUAUUUGGACCGGAAAUCUUGAAAAAAAAACAGCGAAAAUAAUUAUACCUAUCUUAAUGAUACAAUCAUUCAUAAAAUAUUGAUUCAAAACGACAAUUUUUUCCAAAAAAAACUGAAAAAUUGAUCAAAUAAUUAAUAAAAAAAAAGUUGAAAAUGAUGCAAAAAAUUCUUUUCAACUGACUGUUAAAAAAUAGACAGAUACCUAAUUAAAAAAUUAUCGAAAAUAAUAUUUCAAAAAUUUGUUAAAAUGCAAAAAAACACCUAAAAUAUUUUUUAAAAUUUUUAUAUUGAAAAAAAAAAUAGUAAAGAAGAUCGAAAACAAGUCAGAAGAUAGUUCCUUCUUUUUUACCACUUGGUUUCAAUUUUUUGGGAACAUUUUCGUCGUCGUUGAUGCUUUUCUUGAUAUCACUUUUCAGCUACACAUAUCCUUAAAAUGUCAAAAAAUUGAAACUAAAUUUUCUGUUAAAAAAAAAUUAAAUUUUUUAGCAUAUUCGGAGUGGGUACGUUAUACCUAUGCUUAGUCUCAAAUUGAAUUUUCAUCAUCAAAAUAAGGAAUUUUUUGUGAGCUGAGGUUGUUGAGGGGGGGGGGGGGUGAUGGAAUAAAACAAUAAGAACCAUGGAUCUCUAUUUUCAAAAAAAUUUCGAGUAACUAAAUCUAUCAUGAAUUGAAUAAGUAUGAGAUACCUAUUUGAAAGGGAAAAAACUACAUUUUUCAAAGAAAAACUAACCAAUUGUGGAAAAAAGUUUAUGAAACCAAAAAAUACGCAAUUGAAGCAAAUUAUUGAGAGGAAAAAAUGCUGAAUAACGUUAUAAAACUACAAUGAUUCUUAAGGAUCUAAAAUACGACAAUUAUUGGUGAUAAGUGCACCACCGAACUUUCAGGCUUUGUUCACAUGCAAUGUUAUUUUAAAACUGAUAAAUGAUAUUAUAGUUGACUUUUGCCACUUUUUUCGACGAAUACGAUGCGAUUGAUUUAUUGUGAUAAUUUCAGAACGCUUAUUUUCUGACAUUUUAUUAUGUACAGUGUACCUAUAAUGUACCUUUAGUUAUUGCAACAAGAUUAGAUAUACGAACUUUGGCUGUUUGUAAAUAAUGUAAAAGAUGUUAUUGACAUUGGGCAUUUUCCUCCCUUUUCAACUGCAUAACAUAAUAUAGUACUUUGAAUUGUAAAAGUUACACAUAUGUAUGUGUUCAAUACAAUAUUUGGAACAAGA